UCUCGCAGUUGUGCUUGUUCCUCAUCUCUGCCAAGACUGAAGAUUAAAUCAGCUGUUCACCUGUUGUACAUCUGUUUCAGUGUAUGGAUCGAUAUGCCAACCAUAAAGAGCGUCUAGUGUAAUGGUAAUCCACGCACCUGUUCUUCUUUCUUGACCAACAAGCAAAAUGGGUGACGACCGAGGCCGAACGAAGAAGAAGAAAAAGUCGUCUUCAUCUGACGAGGACGACGCACGAGGCGCGAAGAUGCGAAGGAAAAACGACGACAUUAAGGCGAAAUCUUCCAAGAAAGCUCUUCCAACCAAGAGCAGAAGGAAGAGUUCCGCAUCAUCUUCAGGCUCCUCAUCUUCUGGAUCAUCGUCAAGCUCUUCGUCUUCUUCUGAUGACGACGGAGAUAGCAGUGAGGGAGAUUCCUCUUCCUCCUCCGAUGAAGACGAUCGAAAGAACAAGAAGAAGCGCAAAAGUACUACUAGAUCAGGUACCAAGAAGAAGUCUAAGAAAAAAAAGUCUACUAGAAGGGGAGCUUCUAAGAAAAAGAAGAAGGGAACUUCGUCUAAACGGGAUAAAAAGAAGGCGAAAAAGAAUGAGCGAGAUCGAGGAGAUGAUAGUGAAGCUGAAGAUGGCCACGACCAAAACAACUCUGUUCCUGCAGGAGAUGAAUUAGCUCGACUAGACCAAUUAGCGCGCACUUACUAUCUCGAAAUCCCUAACAUCAAGCGACUACUCCACUCCCUACUCACUUCCAGUGAAGACCUGGAGGAUCAAGGGUACGAACCGGAAACUGUGAAGAUUCUGGAGCGUAUCUCUGAUGAUCUGAAGAAACUCUUCAAGGCGAUCGACCAAGGCCAAAGUGUGGCUCUAAGUGGCAUCGUCUCAGAAAGGAAACGAAAGAAAUUGAGACACCUCUUCCAAGCUUUGAGGAUGACGCAAGACGCAACUGGGAGUUGGGAGAAAUCCUCAUUGAUGAGCAAGGACCAUCCUUGUGGGGCUGGAGCAACCGCUGCCGGAAAAAAGAAAACAGUCAGCUAUUGGAAAGACAUAGUGUCAACCUGUGUCAAAGUAGUCGUUGCGCCUUUGCGACAGGAAUAUGCGGCAAAAGCGGCGGCGAAAACAGCAGCAUUUCAAAGACAGGUUGUUAAUGCUUUCUCAUCUAGUUCCACAAGCGGAGCAGCUGUUGCUUCAUCAAGCACAGCUGCGACGAGGUUGCUCGGUCCGGUCAUGGGUCCUGGGGCAAAAGACGACGAUCUAGACCUGGCUAAUAGAGAUCCUUCUACGUCUGCACAAGGAGCCUCGUCUAGCAAGGUAGUCGGUGCUGCGAGACCACCACCGGAUAUGGUAAUAUCACGACGUGGGCCUGACGCAGAAGCAGAAGGCGGAAAUGAGGAUGACUUCAAGUGUAUGAAUUCGGGUUUUGAUCAGUAACUAAUCUUCUUUGUCACAGCAAGAAACCUAAGGAACUUAAAUACAACAAACUACAAGGUUAGAAAUAGAAAUAUCCAGACCUUGAGAUGUUGUGUAAGUAGGGUCGACAAUUUUCAUUGGUAGAUGAUAGACGCGUUCUCGUCCUCGUAAGCUCCCUCUUUGCUCCUCUUCCUUCUUUCUCUUUCAUUCCCUACCGUUCUACGUGGAUGACCGAAGUACCAGAUGCCUUAGCUGGCAUGUUCGGCGACAAGGGAGUCAAAAAAGCUAAGCAAGACGCGUUUGAAGUGGAGAGGACGCAAGGGGAAAUCGACGCAUUCGAGAAAGCCUUCGCUUCAGACCGCAAGAGCCUCUUCGAUCAAGUGAGAGAAGGCGAAUUUGGUGACGAAAAAGCAGUACUGAAAAGAGGCAGGGACGUCGCAGAACAAAGGAGACAGCUAUGAUGUGAGGCUUUAGCUAUAGCAUUAUAUUGAAAGGUACUAAAGGUAAAGGUUAGCGUUAGCGUUGAUAUAGAUUCUUGUGAAUUGUAUCUGCGCGUUGAUUAGGUGUAGCAAAUUCGCAGUUUCAUUGCGUUUAUCGUUUCCGUAUGAGAAAUGAUAGCUGAGCUUGGUCAUGUAAUUGUAUGAAUAUUUUCUGGCUUUCUGGCACUGGCUCACAAGUACUUAGUUGAACUGGAGUCAACCUCUAAUCCACGGAGAAGACGAAAUGUACGGUGCAUCAGCCAAAGAGCAAGAAGCCAUCGCAAAAAGAAGAGACGCAGAGAAAAAGGCACUUGAGGGAAAUUCGCUACUGGGUGGAGUGGGAGAUGCGGGGGUACUCAUUUUAUUACUUAUUUUAGUCCUUACUUCUAGUUCUAGUCGCCUCGAAGUCGGGCAGUCGCGGCAGUGGCCAGGAGCAACGGGGUGUCCUGUACGAAGGUACUGCUCGCAGUCCUGUCCCCGUGUCUCUACUCAUAGUCCUGUCCCCGCUGGCCCCGCGUCUCUGCUCAUAGCAUGCAAACAGGAGGCGGCCAGCUUCAGCGAUGAGGGAGAGCGAGGGGGGCAUUCCCCGCCUCUAAAAAGAAGCAGAGGCGCCAGCUUUAUGAGCUGAGGCUGCUAACCAGCGCGGCGUAGUGUUGUCUGGUGAUGACGUGCGGGCGCUAUUUUGCAGUCUAUGAGUGUCCCGGUAGGCCUCAUCUUGGUUCUCCUCUAUGUAUCACGGUGGUAGCCUGACCCUCAGCCGCGUGCUUUUUUCCUCUGGUACUAGUAGCAGGAAUAUCCCCACGACGAAAUCCCGGCGCUACAAGUAGGGGGCCGCCAGUAAGUGCAGGUGGGUCCGUGAAGGCAACGGACGCGCCCGCGGAGCCAAUGGAAGCCGCGGGCCAUUGCUGCAGACGUCGGCACGGUUUCGGCGUCGGCUUGCGAACGUUUUUGGAAGAAUGCCAAGCCAAAAGCGUCAAGCUUCUGGCGACUCUCUGGAGGGAGGGGCAGGUGGCCGCGCACCGCGCAAAGCCCCCCCGCAGGGAGGGAGCCGAGGCGGGUAGGGGCAGGGGGCUGCGGUGUAUAUAGUUGCGACGCGUGGUCGCGGAGGGCGGGGCGGCGCGCGGGAGCGUGGGGCGGUGGGCUUUUUUUUGCUUUGUUCUCGGUUAUUGUAAAGCGUGCGUCGCCGCCCGCUCUCAUCUGUUCGGUGACUACCAGGCGAGGGCGGGCGCGUUGCUCGGUCUUUUAUAUUCCUUCUUGGUUGCUCUUGCUUCGGUCUUAUUUUUGCUUCUUUGCCAUCUCCCUCGCUCGCCGUCACGAGCGACGUGGCCCGUGGGGUCAAUGUCAUUGCGCUGCCGUUUUUGUGAGUAUGCUUUGCGUGAGCACGCUUUUGCGCCCACUGCAAGCUUUGCGCAGCCCGCCGAAGCGAUAGCUGUGCUAACAAACUAGUGACUUUGGGGUGAGGACGUCUUAAAUCGUAAAUGGGCUAAGAAAACGAAAAGCAACACUAGCAGCGGCCAUGUUUGUGAAUAUCUAGUGGAUGGCCUGCCAUGGCGCCCACCGGAUUGCUGCGGAUCCUGAGAUCGAUGUGGUUUUUUCCUCUUUCGUAUCACACAGACAUACCUCUGUCUACUUCCACUUCCACCAAUCUCCAACCCUACAAAAUAUCAGCCCUCGACGAAAAUCCGACGCAUGUUUGAUCCUUCUAAGGAUUUGGAUAUGGGCAGGAAGAUGGACCCGAAGGAUUUCUCCAAGAUGAUGGAGGAUGGAGGCAUGCUAAAAGGCAAAUUCGCGAGGAGUGCUGUUAGUUCAAGCUUUUUGUGAUUGGCUACGCCCCAUUGGUUACACGAAGCUUCCAUGCUCUCGCUGUGGCAAGCAAUGACAUUUUGGGGUAUUGUCCUCACCGUAUUAAUUUCAUUCACAACUCCUGAACAACCCAAGAGUUGAUCCUUUGACCCAACCCUCGUGUUGACAACAAGAACUUUCUCCCGCGCUGUUCAACGGGGAUACUCAAAC